GGGCGGGAGGAAGGACAAAAGAGGUUAUGUCCCUCAACCAGUUCCGUGCACAUACACGCCUUCAUUGAUCUCGCUUUCUUGCUGGGGCGUUGAGGGGCAGGGGCCUGAGGAGAAUGGAGGAGAAACCCUCCACCAGUAUCAAGCCCUACCUGGACAAGCUGACCCUGGGGGUCACACGGAUCCUGGAGACUUCUCCAGGAGUUGCUGAGGUUACAUUUGUGGAAAAAGGGCCAGCCGAGCGCCAUACAAUCAUUUCAUGGGAGCAAAAAAACUCCUGUAUAUUGCCAGAGGAUUUAAAGAACUUCUAUCUAAUGACUGAUGGCUUCCAGAUGAGCUGGAGUGUGAAGACUGAUGAUACCCCCAUGCCCCUGGGCUCCAUGGUGAUUAAUAGUAUCACAAAGCUGUGUCGACUUGGGAGUUCCUCUAUGUACACUCUGCCUAAUGCACCAGCUCUCGCUGACUUGGAAGAUGACACAGAUGAGGAAGGUAAUGAAGACAAACCAGAGAAGCCACACUUUGAUUCUCGUAGUCUUAUCUUUGAAUUAGACCCAUGCAAUGGGAAUGGGAAAGUUUGUCUUGUUUAUAAGCACACUAAACCAGUUGUCUCCCCAGACACAGAGAUAUGGUUCCUGGACAGAGCUCUGUAUUGGCAUUUCCUCACCAAAACCUUCACAGCCUACUACCGUUUGCUCAUUACCCACCUGGGUCUCCCACAGUGGCAGUAUGCCUUCACCAGCUAUGGGGUCAGCCCACAGGCCAAGCAAUGGUUUAACAUGUUUAAACCCAUAACCAUCAACACGGCUCUCCUCUCUGAAGAAGCUGAUUGCUUUGUGAACAAACUGGACCCCAAUAAGGUAUUCAAAAGCAAGAACAAAACUCCAGUGAUCAAAAAGAAAUCACCUUCACAGCCGGCAGGCUCCCAGAAGAGUCACACAAGCAUGACCUCCUCCAAGACAUCCUUACUAGCUGGGAAUUCUUCAAGGAAGUGAGACCCCCAGAACUGGCUCUGGAGAGGAUUUGCAAUAAGCUUUUUUGUUCUCUGAUACAGCAUCCCAGUGAUUCAGAGCAGGUUCCUUGAGCGUGAAUAGGUUUGCUCAUGGAAAACACAUUUCAGCAUUUUCAUGAAAUACAGCCUCAAUCUGCUUCAACACAGGAGCAAUGUAGAGACUGGAGACU